CAGGCAUCUGUGGCCAUGGCCAAUCCCAGGGUGUACUUCGACAUUGCCGUCGAUAACGAGCCCCUGGGCCGGGUUACUUUCGAGCUCUUUGCAGACAAGGUUCCAAAGACAGCAGAAAACUUUUGUGCUCUGAGCACUGGAGAGAAGGGAUUUGGUUACAAGGGAUCCUGCUUUCAUAGAAUCAUUCCUGGGUUCAUGUGCCAGGGUGGUGACUUCACACGCCACAAUGGCACUGGUGGCAACUCCAUCUCUGGGGAGAAAUUUGCUGAUGAGAACUUCAUCCUGAAGCGUGCUGGUCCUGGCAUCUUGUCCAUGGCAAAUGCUGGACCUAACACAAAUGGCUCCCAGCUUUUCAUCUGUACCGCUAAGACUGACUGGUUGCAUGGCAAGCAUGUUGUCCUUGGCCAAGUGAAAGAAGGCAUGAAUGUUGUGGAAGCCAUGGAGCGUUUCGGUUCUCGGGAUGGCAAGACCAGCAAGAAGAUCACCAUUGCUGACUGUGGACAACUCUCAUAAGUUUUUUUGUUUUGUUUUUUGUCUUAACCAUCAAACCAUUCCUCUGUAGCUGGAGAGAGCACCCCUGAACCCCAUCUACUCUCAUACCUUAUAAUCCU